AUGGCUAGCAAACAAAGUACAAUGGAUAAAUCCAAGCCAAUUGAAGUGAGCUUCUCAACGCUCAUGAAAAUGGGAUUGUCAUCAAAGACUGAAUGGCCAGAUACGGAAAUCUUCCUUGAUUGGAUAUACUGGAGCCGACAGAUCGUAGGCCUAUUUCUAGGUCUCAUUUGGGGAGUAAUUCCAUUGACUGGAUUUAUCGGACUUAUAGCUUUUGGAUUAUGCUCAAGUGGCUAUGUCUAUUUAUACUGUACAACUCAUAACAUCGAUGAUGAGGAACACGGUGGCAUUUGGGAAAUAGUCAAGGAAGGAUUUAUGACUAAUUUUGCGAGCUUUUUAGUAACAUGGAUCAUCACAUAUUCCUGUGUGCAUUUUGAUGAGUCGCUAACAGCUCAACAACUUUAA